AUGUCAUCCCGGGAUCAUGACGGUGACGUUGAUAUGGACUUGGACAGCCCAAUCAUUGCACCACAAAGCUCAAACUCAUACGAUUUCGUCAAGCAGGGAAUACUUCCCUAUGAGUUGGUUUUGGAGGUAUUUGAAUACCUGGGAGCCGAGGACUUGCUCAACGCCGAACGUGUCAACAAAGCAUGGUACCAGAUUGCCAGCAAGGCUUCAGUCUGGCGGACCGUGUUCCUCACCAAAUACGGUCGCAAGGUUUACACCGAUCCACCACCAAUUCAAGUGGGAGGUUUAGGCAUUGGUCGUACGGAUCGGCGCCCGAAUCAGCAAUGGCGGAAGAUGUACAAGGCUCGCGAGCGACUGGACAACAACUGGAGACGUGGUGCCGAGAAUGCAGGCAAAGCGGUCUAUCUUUCGGGUCACACUGACAGUGUCUACUGCCUCCAGUUCGACGAGGAAAAAAUCAUCACUGGAUCACGAGACAGGACCAUCCGAGUUUGGGAUAUCAACACAUACACCUGCAUCAAGGUUAUUGGCGGGCCAACAGUGCGGCCGAUCCUCGGCCCGAAGGUUCUCCGCACCGUCGACUAUCCUUCAUUCCACAUGGCGACGGCAAGUGUCAACGGCACGGCAUACGGCAAUGAGAUUUAUCACGUCCCGCGAGAAUGGCAUGAUGCCAGCAUUCUGUGCUUGCAGUACGACAGCAAAAUCCUCGUGACCGGCUCCUCCGACUCCGACCUUCUUAUUUGGGACAUUGCCACGUAUGAGCCUAUCAAGCGCCUGAGAAAGCACACUGGUGGCGUCCUUGACGUGGCACUUGACGCUAAGCAUAUUGUGUCAUGUUCCAAAGAUUCUCGAAUUAUUGUGUGGGACCGCGAAACACUAGAGGCGAAGGGCGACCUCACUGGCCACCGCGGUCCGGUGAACGCAGUACAGCUCCGCGGAAACUACCUUGUUAGUGCUAGCGGUGACGGCGUCGCUCGCCUAUGGGACCUCACACAGAUGAAGUUGAUCAAGGAGUUCUCUCCCAAGGAGCGUGGUCUAGCUGCUGUGGAAUUUUCCGAGGACAUGCGUUACGUGCUCGCCGGCGGUAACGACAACAUCACUUACAAAUUCGACACCAACACUGGCGCGGAAGUCAUGCAGUUCACCGGUCAUUCGCAGCUCGUGCGCUCACUCUGGCUUGACAGCGCCAACAACCGAGUUGUGUCGGGCAGUUACGACCUGGAUCUUCGCGUGUACGACUUCGUCACAGGCGAAGAGCUUUGGCGCGGCGAGGAGUGGACAACUAGCUGGAUGCUCGCUGCCAAGUCGGACUACCGUCGCAUCGUUGCCACAUCCCAGGAUGGCCGCAUUCUGCUGGUCGACUUUGGUAUUCUGAAGGGUGCUCCGACAUAUAACUCCUGCGACGGGAUGCCAAUUGACAACAUUGACCUGUUGCGCGGCCCCGACGAGACUACGGCCAUUCAAUUCAGGAACCCCUGGGAGUCAGACUCGCGGUCAAUUAUGUGCUAA